AUGGCGGCGAUCAGAGGAUCACGCGCCGAGACCGCCGAGACAACGCAAAACGAGAGAGAAGAUUGUUCCAUAUAUUUCCAGUUCAGUGAAGAUGGAUAUAUCAAACCUCAUGUGGACUCAGUGAAGUUUUGUGGACGAGUCAUAGCUGGUUUGAGUCUGUUAACACCAUCUGUGAUGAGACUGAUUAAUGAAAAAGAUAAAUCAAAACAAAUAACUGUCCUAUUGAACAGGAGAUCUUUAUACAUAAUGCGUGACAGCAUCCGAUUUGAAUACACUCAUGAAAUAUUGAGAAAUGAGGAAUCUUUGUUUCGUGGAACUAAUAUACCAAAAGGACGGCGGAUGUCUGUAAUAUGCAGGAGCGAACCUAUAUCAGAUGAUUGUAAUGAUUCAGGAAACUUAUUUAAAGUAAUAAAGCUGGAUCCUGAUUGAAAUUUUUUUGUCAUAAACCAUAUAUAUAAGUACGGUACCUAAAGGAGUAUUCUUUGAAAAAUAUUAUAGAUCUAUUUUGCUUUGUUUCUUCACUCAAUUGCAACAUAGUUGUAUACAAAGUUGGUACUUUACAACAAAUUCAAUUUGGAGUUUUCCAAUUUGUUUGUUGUUUUUCUCUUGCUAAUGUUGGUCUCUUAUUUUGGGUAUUGAUAUAGUUUUAAAUGUUUGUAGAGUACGGAAUUUCAAAUUCCCAUUCUUGAAUUUAGCUUAGGAUACUGGGAAUCGCUAACAUAGGUAAUAUUUCCAAACAAUUAGUUUUUCCUUUAUCGUGAAAUAAACUGCAGAUUAGAGCUAAGAUCUGAAGCCUGAAAUGUAAAUCAUUGCGUUCGGGUCGAGCUUCUCUAUCGCUGACUUUUUUUAAAAAUAAAUAUAUGUUUAUAAAAAAGUAUAUACUAAAA